AUGGACCAAACAGAUCUACACCAGUUGUUUAACACAACCUGGACCAUCCACCGCCUCUCACCUCUCCACCACGGGAAAGAUUGUGAGACUCUCCUAAACAAUCAAGUCGCUUUGAAGACAUACGCAACGCGUCUGCGGGACCAUCUGACAGGCGAUGUUCUCGCUGGAAUUCAAUUGGAUACUGGUACAGACACAAAUGCGCUCUCAAAGACAGGCGCCCUAAAAGAUUGUCUUUGGCAGCCAAUAUCUCCGUCACGCGAAGCAACUACAUCCCACGCAUUGUCUGGCAUUCUAGUCACACUGGAAUAUGAAAACAUUGUCUACAAAGCUGCUCUGCUUACAGACUCGUCCAAUGAGCUCAAGGGAUCCACGGCUCUGCCUCUUCUCCUGACGAGAUUCCCUACAGUGCUGCGGCAAACAUUUCUCGCAUUCUUGUCUGCAAACUUUGAUACUUACGUCUCACCUCUGCGGCUACCUUCGAAUUUUCUCUGUGCUGGACUUGAGACGUACAUUGGUUCCCUGCAGCGUGCCAAAACUGUGGACGCUAUCAGAGAGCUUCAACUCACACUUUCAUUUUCAUCAUCUAUUGCACCGGACUUGAGAUCGCUUAAUGUUAAUGUAUCGCGGCCGGCACUAGCCGAUAUGCUUGAUGCAAAGACACCGGAUGGACGUCAAAGCCUGGAACAGAAACUGCGCAGUCCUUUGAUUAGCAAUCUGACCUCAUAUCUGGAUGAGCACCUUGCGAUGAAGCUUGACUUGGACGGGUCGGAUCAAGUCAAGCAGCACGUGCGACUUUCGAAGGUUGUUUGUGCCUCUUUUGUCCUUGGUGGGGAGGGUCGGGUGAAGCUGGUUGUGGCUGAUAAAGAUGAUGAUGAGACUAAGUCAGCCUUGGAAGCCGGAGAGAAACUCCUGGGGUUAGUGGCGAGGAGAGCUGCUAUUGGGGAUCAGUCGACAACAUGA